CCCCUCCCCCCGCCGCAUCCCUCCUUCGUAGCCCUCGGCCCUCACACCCCCGCCCCCACGCCGGCGUUUGCCCAGGGGCUACCUCGCGGGUGGGCGAGGCCGGGGCUCGGGCGAGCGGUAAGAUGGCGCCGCGGCCUAUGUGAACCCUGCUUGCCCGCCCCGGCUUCGUGAGGUGAAGAGCGGCGAGGGUGUGCUGACCCCCGAGGCCGUGGGGACGAGGCAGCACCCCGCGGUUGUGGAAGAAGCACUGAAGUGGAUCUCUUGGUGCCCUGGGCCAGUGACUUGUCUUAGGGCCACCUUUAAGUGGAUCUCUUCCUACCCCUUAAGUGUGUAACCCGAAGUUAAGACUAGUGUGCCCUUGGGAAGGUGGGAGUCAGUCAUUUUGACACCUCCUGAAAGGAACAUCCAGCAGGAGCUGAAGCCUACUUCCAAUUGAUCUCGUGGCAGAGGCAGAGAGGUUGUUGAUUGCUUCAACAUUUCCACACAAUAUGACCUGCUCUUUAGACUCCUCUGGUGGCUUUGAUGGCUCAGGGUCUGAGCAGACUAAAAUCACCCCUCUCCUACCCAAAGACAGUGUUCCAGUCUCAUGGGGGGCGUUUGGACAGGAUGAAGAUGGACUAGAUGACUCUUUACUGGAGCUCUCUGAGGGAGAAGAGGAUGAUGGUCACUUCAGUUACACAGAAGAAGAGAUUCGGGAGCUCUUGAAGGAUGAUGAUUCACUAAAUGAACAGUGUCUGGGAGGACUGUCUGCAGGUGGUGAAACUGAGACGUUGGGGAGCUAUAGUUGUCCUUCACUUGACUCUCCCCAAGAUAUAAAUGUACGCUGUAGCUUGGGACCCAGGGCUGGGCCGGCUACCAUCUUUAAACUACCUCAGAAAAAUGCCCCAGCUAAUAAUGCACCCACUCUGACCAAAUCACCUAGCAGACACUUUGUACCAGAAAAAAAUCUCCUGAAAAUAACUGUUGUCCCACCCUUUAAUACAACAGUUUGUGAUGAUGUGCUUGGUCCCAAGAAGACUGAGUUUUCUUCCAAAGAUGGAACUAGUAAUGCAGACUGUUUGGGAACUCCUCCCUUCCUGGAAGAAGAUAUGAGUAAAGAAGAUCAUGGCCACAAUGAUGGCAAACUUUGCACUAAAGAAACCAGCUCUACUUGUUCUGUCUGGGAAGGGCCCCAGCCUCAGAAAGCUGGCCCUCUGAAGGGGGCUCCUAGAGCAGGCGUACGUAGUUGUGAAGAGUCAGUACCCUCGGCUUCUCCAGCCUGGGAACAGCCUUGUGGGACAGAGGUCCCAAUGUCGUCAGGGAAUGGUGGGCGCAAAUUAGGUGACACAACUAGGCCUCCGGCUGUUCAGUCAACUAAACCGGUCAGACUAGACAAGGGUUCUGAGAAGAAGGAAAGGUAUGAGAGAAGAUUAGGCAAAGUCGUUCCACUUCUCCAGGCCAAAGCAAGGAGUAAGAUUCAGACAUUUUCAAAAACUGAGCUGGAACAGAAGAAGCAAAUUUAUCUUAAGAACGUCAUUGCUCAUUUAAAAAACCCUCAGGAAUCUAACCAAGGUACCUUAGGCGAGUUAUAUGCCUUGAUGGACCAAGUUGCUAAUGUGGAAUAUCAAAUGCAUGACCAACGGUGGCAGCACCCAUCAGACCUCACCAUGAGAAACUACCCCCGAUUCAGACAGAAGCCCCUACAGAAGUAUAGCCUGACUCAGUGGGUGGACAGGAACUUUCGAAGCCAUCGUCGGUUCCAAGGCCUUGCCGAUCAGUUCCAGCACACGCCAGUUGUCUCAUCCCCCCACCUAUGAAGGAGUUGCCCACCCCAUCAGUAUUCAGAGCAAUUUUUGCCUUUCUGUUUGCUUUGUAGAUUCCUGAAUAAUUUUAUUUUAAUGAGACUUUUUUUUAAGAACUUGUCACCUUUUGAAAAUGCUCGUUCAUAGACUUGAUUUAUUUUGUACGAGGUCCUUUUUGUUUUCUUUAGAUAUAGUAAGGUGGUGUGUUAUUGUGUAUUUUUAAAAAUUCAUUUUGGAUCAAAGGCAGUGGUCUCUCAAAAGCCCAUAUCUGGCCAGAACACUCAGCCUUAAGCAGAGUGAGCUCCUACCCUAUAGAGUAGAGAUCUACUUCUGAUAUCUAGAAAAAACAAUUCUUAGAUCUUUUUAAGGGAGGCAAUACCAGUCCACAAGGAAGUGUAUUUUAGCUUUAGUUACUCUGCAACUAACAAACUGGAUUUGUUUUUUAUUUUUGAACUCAAAAUGCCUAUCAGUAUUUUGUAAAUGAGUAAAGCCAGGGCAAUUGAAUUGAGUAAAGUAAGGCAGAAGUUCUACAGAAAGGACAUGAUAGAGCAAAUGUAUGAGCUCUCUUUCUGUAUCUUCAAGAUGCCAUUGUCUUGGUCUUUUCAUUCCUCAUUAAACCAUUUCAUUUUGCUUGCCAGUAUUUGCACACUCCUGGAACCUACAUCGUGUGACUAACUGGAACAAUGCCUGACCAAUAUCUUUGGGUCUGGUUGCAUCCCCCUUCCUAAAGAAUUUUUCCUUUUUCCUCUUCUACAGUAGCUACCACCUAGGGCUUCUGCCUAGAGCAUUCCCACAACUUCUCUGCUGCCUUGUGGGAGGAGCGCCUUGAAGCCUUGCCUGUAUAAAACAGACUAGAAAUUCAGAUGAAAGGAAAGUUGUCAGUAGGUCUUUACCCUUCUCAGCUUUAAAUACAAGCUGUUGUGCUGUUUACUUUGAUUCCCUAUCCGGCAUCAGCAGUGGGCGCUAGUGUCUUUGUUACUGAUCCAGGGAUACUUUGAGGGCUUGGGCCGUCUGCCCUGGAGGGGAACUGGAGUUCCCACACAGUAGCAGAUAAAGCACUUCACUGGGCCACAUUGACUCACUUUGGUGUUUAAAAAAAAGCUUGAGCCUUCCCUUGUCUAUCCAUUUAUUAAGCAUCUACUUUGUGUAAGACAUACAAAGAGAAAAUAAAAAGUUCCUUCCCUGUAAA